ACCUGCUCCUGUUACCAUGGAGACCAGCUGCUGGUUUCUGGCUGCUUCCCUCAUUUACCUGGCAACAGGCCAACAGGAAGUGAGCAUCUCCCAACAGGAAGUGAGCGUGCUACAGGACGUCAUGUUGGUGUGCCGUGGCGGCGUGGCUAACAUCUCCGUGGUGAAGUGGAGCCGGCCAGACCUGAUCGCCGGCGGCUACGUUUACUUCUACAGGAACAAGCGUAGCUUUGAGCGCUACCAGCACAGCCUCUUCCACGGCAGAGUCAUGCUGCGGGACGCCGCCAUGAUGGGCGGAGACGCCUCGCUCAUCCUGAGGAACGCCAGCUUCCUAGACGCCGGGACCUACGAGUGUCACCUGCAGGGGGCGGGGCCAGGCCCCGAGGUCCGCCGCUCCAUCAACCUGACCGUCACAGACACUGUGGAGACGCCGGCGGCCAUGAUGGACGGCGGCGCCCGGCCUGCAGCUGCUGAUGGCGACAGUGGGAAGGAAACAGGAAGAAGCAACUCCCUCGUUGCUGCUGCUGCAGUUGCUGCUGCAGUUGCUGCUGCAGUUGUUGCAGUUGCUGCUGCAGUUGCUGUUGCUAUAGUUGUUGUUUCCCUUAAAGUUACAUUAGAGGGAAAAUAUUUGAUCCCAAUAAUUUAAACGGCUCCAUUCGUCUAUUUAUUUAUUUAAUAGAAAUUAAAUAUUAAAUAAAACUUCAAAUUGUGAAACUUUUAUUUCUGUGAAGAAUUUUAAAAUGUUUGAAUGUCUGACAGGAGAGAUUGUUUUAGAAACUUUUCACCCUGAAACUUUUAAUAAUUUUUUAGUCAGAUAUAUAAAAAGUUUCAUGUUGAAUGAACAGAUUAUGAAUUAUCAGUUAUUGAUCGAUAAUUCAGCCUCUGACAGAAACUGUGACUCAGGAUUUAUCUGAAACGCUGAGAGGAUUAAAAUUCCCACAUGAUUCAAACUGAAACUGAUUUUUAUGGUUUUGGAUCAGAAACAAAAGUCAAACUUUCUCAUUAUCUGAUAAAUGUUCAUAUUUUCAGCAGAAGUUGAUUUUGUUGCUGUUAUCAUCCACAGAAACAUGAUAGUAAUAAAAUAUGAAAUGUUUCAUCACGGCACUAAAAACCUUUAAAUCGUGGCUGCAGGUCAAUAUUUGGAAUAACUUUCAUAUUAAUCCAUGUUUUUCUGAAUAUUCAACUCUUCAUACUGAAUGUUUAUUUAUUUUAUUCUUGUUAUUUUUGAAACACA